CAACUGGUCUCUCUGGCAGUGUGUAUGCAUAUUUUCACUUUCGCCAUGCGUUUACAAAACAAAUCUUUCCAGUAAAUCGAAACUGAUAUCAGCCUACUUGCUCUGCUAAGCAAACACUGCGCCUCACCAGUCGCCACCCAUGGUCUGCGCUUUAACUUAAGACCCCGAAACAUCAGCUGAAAUUGAAUCGGCAUAAGAGCUGCACUUGGGUGAUGGAUGAGGAUUAUUUACUUCUCAAUGAGAAUGAGGUGAGGCAGAUCAGAGAGGCACUGGAAGAUGAGACCUUGACUUCAGCCGUGGCUAAGAUCCUGGACCACUUUGAUCAGAUUGACCGUGUGGAACUAAAUAUUGCCAUCACUGGAGAGUCUGGCUCUGGCAAGUCCACCUUCCUCAAUGCAUUCUUGGGUCUGGUGGAUGGCGAAGAUGGCGCAGCUGAAACCGGCCUGGUUGAGACAACGAUGGAGCCAACUGUGUACCCUCACCCUAAAUAUCCCAACGUCAAAGUGUGGGACCUUCCUGGGCUUGGGACGCUCAACUUCAAAGGAGACGAGUACCUUGAAAGAGUAAAAUUCCAACACUAUGAUUUCUUCAUCAUCAUCAUCACUGAACGUUUCAAAAUCAGCUGUGUGAACCUGGUCUCAGAGAUCCAGAGCAUGAAGAAGAGGUUCUACUUUGUUCGCUCAAAGAUUGACAACAGCAUUGAUGCAGAGAAAAGGAAGAAGGGCUUUGAUAAGGACAAAACCCUCAGUCAAAUUCGGCAAGACUGCAUCAAAGGCCUCCAGAAACACGGGGUGGAAUCUCCCACGGUCUUCCUUAUCUCCAGCUUUGACCUGCAGCUCUACGACUUCCCAAAGCUGGAGGAGAUGAUGGAGAAAGAGCUGCCCAAGCUCAAGCGGCGUGUCCUCCUUCUGUCGCUGCCCGAUACCCAGGAAAUCACCCGGAGGAACAAGGAGGCCCUGCAGGCCAACAUAUGGAAGGUGUCCCUGCUGUCAGGCACCGUGGCAGCCAUACCCAUUCCAGGUCUGUCUGUGGUGGUGGAUGUAGGCAUUCUGGUCAAAGAGCUCACCAGAUAUUACCAGGCUUUUGGCCUGGAUGAUGAAUUCCUGAAAAGCCUCUCGGACAAAAUGGACGUGCCACUGGAGGAGCUGAAGGCGGUCCUCACAUCCCCCCUCCACCAGGACAUAUCGGCUGACGUGGUCAUCAAGUUGCUGCAUGAAGCCACUGGGGCAGGGAUGAUGAGGUACUGGGCCAGCAUAAUCCCGGAGUUCGGUCCAAUGGCGGCCGGGGGGAUCCCGUACGCCAUCACCCAAAGCUUGCUGACAAGCUGCUUGAACGAGCUGGCGGACGACGCCAAUAACCUCCUGACGAGAGCAUUGCAGACAGGAAUGUGAAGAGUCAACUUCAUACCAGUUCAAGUGCCUUUCUGUACUCGUGCCUUGGGUCUCCCGCCCACGCUCACUUCCCUCCACUGGCUGCCUGUCAUGGCUCGCAUCAAAUUCAAAACAUUGGUGCUAGCCUUCCAAGCAGCUUACCUCCAAAGAUCAUCAGACACUACAUGCAGGCCACCACAGGAUGCCUGGCGCCUCCUCCUCUCCGCACUUCUACCUCCGGGGUCACGACUAUUGUCUAUUCUGGCUCCACGGUGGUGGAACGACCUCCCCGUAGAUGUCAGAACGGCAGACUCUGACCACCUUCAAGCGUAGACUUCUUGAAGCGUACCUCUUCAAGAUGCACCUCUCCCUACCUCCCUGUAAUAUCUAAUUGAUUGGUUGUUGUUGUUCAGUUCUCAACAGUGUGUAAUUACUUGCGUAAUAACUUGUUUGCUAGGAUGGUAUUUUUUUGCUACUUUCGUUUUGCUAUGCAAGCUGUUUAUUGUACCUAUUUAAGUGCAAAUCAUUUGAUCGCAUUGUGCUAUAGAAAAUGGUUUUCGAUAUAUUCCAUUGUCAUAAAUUUGUUAUACGGCACUAAUACGUGAAGUUUUACACCAAAAUACGGUUAAAGUAUGUUAAUAUAAUGGAAUUUAAGUUGUAUCUGCUUGGAGUGCAUUGACUUUGGAAUGUUUGAAGCUCAGCAUCUCAAAACUACUCCGGACCUUUUCAUUUUUGGCUCACGAAUAUUAGAUAAAGUAGUGGUCACCUGGUGCCUCGGAUCUUCAUGAUGUUCUUAUGGAAUUAAAAUAUUUAGUAUUGCUUAUAUUGAAAAAAACAAACAAAAAGAACAUAGCUAAGCUUUUUUUUAUAAUGUGAACAGCAUACACAUUUAUUACAAUCUACGACUGUCACCUUGGAUUUUUAUGUGGGCAUGUUAACCGGUCUAUGAAGAGAAUUUAUUGACACCAUGGACAAAUACUUUUGUUUGGUUUGGUUUAUUGUACAGAAGUAAACCCAUCUACACCUCAGGAAACUAUCCAUGUUCGGUUCUUUCGGGAUUGGUAUAGCACAUACAGGGUUGGGGCUAUUUUAUCUUUUAAAUAAAACAAAUUUAUGUCACAUGUGAAGGUACAGUAACAACAACUACCAGUCUGUAGCCAAUGUGUUCAGUAUCUAUGCAUUUACAUGUGUCUGAAUAUUCAAUGUUCCAGAAUAAAUCUUCACAAAAACAAA